UUGGCAUUCAAAUUCUGCACCGGUACCGGUGCUGAACCCACUGGGCCAAGUAUCGGGUAUCACCGAGUCGGCCGUCCCAAUGGUAGCGUUUUCCCCGACUGUACUUCUCGGCGCCUUCUUAUCGACACUAAAUUUAAUCUUGAUAUGUCUUCCAGGUGUCUACUUCGCAAGACAGGGUCUGGUCAGCAAGGACAUGCGACGGUCGUUGGGUUACAUGUCAUUCAAUUUCCUCCUGCCCACCCUCACCUUCGUGAACAUCGCUCCCCAAUUGACCGCCUCAGAGCUUAUGCUCUGGUGGCCGCUGGCAGUGAACAUCAUCGUCAGCCGACUGGUGGCAUUGCUGACUGGAUGGGCCAGCAGUCGCAUGCCCGGUACUAAACCAGAGCACCGGAAGAUCGUUGUGGCAGCCUCAGCCUUCGGCAACACCAAUUCAGCGCUGCUCAUGCUGGUGACAGCGAUGUGCGGCCAGGAGCAUUUGCCAUUCUUUGGAGCGCUGGGGCACCAGUGCACCUCCAAUGGGUACGCAUACGUGGCGAUUGGGCUUGCGGCGUCCGCCUUUCUGACGUUUCCAGUGGCGGUUGCCAUUCUGAAGCCCAAAGAGGCCGCGCCGGCCCCCCAGCCGGCCGCGGGCAACCCUUCCAAAGCCGACAGCGGCCUGCAGGAGAUCGUCAUCGCCGGGCCGCCACCGGACGGCUGCGCAGCGGCCGAUGCGAACGGCGCCGUUGCCGAGCCGCGCUGGGCUGAAAGGGAGAGCAGGCGCGCCGCGUUGACGAGCAGUGUCUCGGCGCCGGUGGGCGCUGCCGGCCGGGCCCGGCACGCGCAUGCGCAUGCGAGCCCCUUCAGCGCGUGGCAGCGCGCUGGGGAGGCAGUGAGCUGGCAGGCUGACGGCGCGCGCGAGGCGGGCGCCUUCGAGCGCUUGAAUAGCCUGAAUGCGCGGCGCGCGAUGCUGGCUGUCAGUGUGCCCGAGGAUUGUGAGGGGGAGCAGCUACACAGGGCCAGUGAGGAGCACAGUAAUGUGAAGGAGAUGGAGUUGGUGCAGGCUCAGACCAGUGGGAAGUCGGGAGUGGGCGGGAGCAGCAAAAGCAAGAGCAUAGUGGACAUGCUGCACAUCAGGGGCUGGCAGGAGACCCGGGCGGCCAAGAUCGCCCGCACGGCACUUUCUUGGUUCAACAAGGUAGCGCCGCCGCCGACAAUCGCCAGCUUGGCGGGCCUGGUGGUCGGCUGCGUUCCCUUUCUCAAGAACAUCAUGUUCCCGGCAGAGAGCGCGCCGCUGGGGUUUGUCACAACCGCGCUCAACACAAUCGCGGCCGCGUUCGUGUUUCUCAUCUCCUUCAUCUUGGGCGCGGUGCUCCACAAGGGCCCAGGGCCCGGCACGCGCUCGCUCGGCUGGCUGCCCAUUCUGAUGACCGUCCUCAAUCGCUUCCUCUUCCUGCCCGCCCUCGGCGCGGUGUGGGUGUUUGGGUCACACCGGCUGGGCUGGUGGAAGCAGCCGGACCCGCUGUUCACAUUUAUCAUGCUGAUGACUAACGCCACUCCCACCGGCAACCAGAUCCAGGCGGUGUGCGCCAUGUACCAUAGCUGCGAGCAGGAGUGCGGUUCUGUCUUAUUCUGGCAAUACAUGGUGUCAAUCGUUGGCAUUGCUGCCUGGAUGGUCAUCUAUAUCUAUCUCAUGGGCGUCUUUGGGCUCUUAUGAUGCUGAUUUCUUGCUGUCAACAUUCCUGCUGUGCUCAUUUUAUUCAUCUUACUGCAGUAAUCUGCUGGUCAGUGUGCAAAGAACUUUUCAGUCCAAUAGGAUGUGGAUGACAAACAUUGCAGACACAAUUUCUCCCUUUUUUGUGAAUGCGUGGUGAUGGUGCCAUUUUCAUGUGGCUGCCAUGGGUAAGCAUACUAUGGCUCAGGUUGAAUUGCAGGUGCAGUUUAAGUGUUAGAAUUGCACAAGUGGUCGUCUGUGACACAACUGCCUUUUUUGCACUGUCGCAUGUCCAGACUGCCGCUCAGUGGCACCUUUCAGAUUGUGUUGGGACAUGUUUGUGUUCCUGUGUCUUGCGGCAGAAUGACACCAAAGUCAUAGAGGGUUCGACGGGCACCAAGCGCAGAUAUGUCCUGUCAGGUUGAAGACAAAUUUAGAAGAUGAGAUCCAAAGCAGAUGCAUGCCAAAUAUAACUUACAAGUAAUAGGAGCCAGC